AUGAUCGACCUCAUUCGCGGCGAUCUUUUUGCUAGAGCCCAUAAUGAUUUUCCACAGAAUCUUAGUGAUCGGGACGACCUGGCGCAGACUGUGACCGCUAUCAGGCAGUCCGGAGCGGGCGCGGGGCUUACGUGCCCACAGAAUCCGUAUACCGUCGUAGAGGUUGAAACAGCGCUGUCCCUGCUCAAGCCAGGGAAGCGCACGGUCCACCUUUGUAACGCAGCGUUGCGGGCCAAGGUUGAGGAGGGUUUCCGUUUGACGCGGGCCUUGCUAAACCUCGGCCGCGCGCUGUGCGUCACGGCUCGCCUGUGGUCACUUCGGCACUUUGCUCCCAUCCGGAAGUCUGGGCCGGCGUCGGUGAGGAAAGUGUCUGCGCUUCGUCCAAUAUCCUUCACAUCGGACAUGGCUUCGGUUCAGGACGCUGCGUGGAUCGCGCGGAACGGGGCCAAGAUUGAGGCCUAUUGCGGACCCGCCCAACAGGGGGGGGUCGGCGAUCCGGUCUCCCUUGUGAUCGCACUCACAAUGCAUGCUCAGUUGCGGCAUUCACAGAAUCUGCCCACAUGGUUGGCCGUCGCAGACAACAAGUGGGCUUUUGAUGUUGCUUCGGUGAACGGCAUGUUGUGCGGUGCUUUCCACGCGGGCGUGCGGGGGGCCGAUUGGUUGAUGCUGGAUGACAUUCUGGCACAAGAUCACCAGGCCGUGGGCCUCCAUAACCUGCUGUCGCCGGUUUUCGCCCUUGGGUGCGGCACGGCCCAGGGCAGGCGUUUUUCAGUGCACAUUUGUAACGCGCAGCUGAAAGCGUUGCCGGAUGAAAUCGCUGCCGCUGUGCCAGGAGGUUGCGCCACCGUGGUCCCGCCCCUAGCCAGGCGUGCCUUGCAAUCUGCAUGCGUGGUCUCCCCUCCAACAGACGUGGAGGCGAUGCCUGACCGGGCGUUGCCCGUGGUGGCCAUUUUGAACGAGGUGGCGCGCGCGGCAGCCACCGAGCUUCCGCCCUGGCCCAACUCCGAGGAAACACUUGCUGCUUCGCUUCGUUCCCUGCCGGCCGUCGCGGACAGAGCCGCCGUAGUUGAGGCCGCGGGCUCCUGCCACAUGCCGCCGGCACAAUUUGUCGACGACCUCACGGCCGCGUGCCCAUCUGUAGGAGCCGUGAGGGCAGUGAUCUCCCCGGAGGAGUCCUCCGCGUGCAGCCGGUACGCUCGCAGGUUCAAGUCUUUUUUCUCGCGUGAGAAAAACAAAACUUGCGUGCUCCCAGUCCUCGGCGCAAGCCGCCCCAGGCUGGCCGAUUGCCCUUCCGUGGAACGCAAAGUCCUGUUGGGCAUCUUGGUGGACUCGGACUUGACGUUCGCGCCGCUUCUCAAAGAGAUCCUAGCCAUUGGCUACAGUUGCUUUUCUAAGCUGCUCUACGCUGCGGAAUCCGGUGGCUUUUCCAUCCCGGUGGCAGCGGCGCAGGUCCCAGCGCGGGUAGAAUCCGUGAUUCUUUAUGCCUGCCCGCUUUUGGCGGCCACGCCGGGGGCUGAAGCGGCCCUCAAUAAGAUGCAAGUGAACUGGGGCCGAGCCUGUGGGCGCCGGAACGCUUCUCUGCGACACGCCCUGGUCUCGUGCCCCUUUUACGCCAGCGACCGCCGGGACUUGUUCCCAGGCGACGUCCCACCCGACCUGAUACUCCAGCUGCUGUUCGGGGACCACACCAGCCCCAGCAGCUUCAUCGAGCAUAUUUCUUUUGUCGGGAAGGCGGCGUCGUCAUGA